GAAUCUCUGGAACGCUUUCAUAAAAUCGAUGUGCUUGUCUUAAACCAUAUUCUGUACGAAAUCAAACUCUGGCAGGCGGACAGAAAUUACAGUGACAUCGCCAAAGCAUUUAAUGUGAAUGUAAUCAGUUACAUUGAACUCGCAACCUUAUUCCUACCCAGUCUGCAAGCAUCACGCGGUCGCCUGUUAAUCAUUUCAUCCGGGCUAGGACUGGUGACGUAUCCCUACUUCGCUCUGUAUUGCUCGAACAAACACGCAUUGCAUGGAUUUUUUAAUGCCCUCCGCCAAGAAAUUGCGCUCAAAGGGAAUAGGAUGUCGGUAACAAUAAGCGUAUUGGGUGCCGUAGCAACUGACAAUGCACUCAAAGCGGGCAGCGGAAAUCCUGUGGCCGGUAGCAACGGCUGGUCUCGGCUUAGCUCCGUAGAUGCUUCGAGUGUUGCCGUUGAAGCAUCGUUGCAUCGAGAAAGACAAAUAUAUUUUCCAUAUUUCUUGAAGCUCCAUGAAAUUGGAAGUGCGCAUUUUCCAGUACUUACGGAAUGGUUGAUACGAUAUGUUUACAAUCUGGACGUUUAA